AAAGAAAGAAAGAAAAAAGCUUCCAUCCUUGGUGUGAAACCCAUGGGGAAACAGCACUGUGAAAGCUACUAUUUCAGGACUGUUUGCUGGACACAGUUUUGGCAUAUUCACACUCUAAAUAUGUGUGAAACAGAUCUUGUAUUCUCCACUCUUUGUUUAACAAACUCAUUGCAAAUCUUUACCGGACUCAGAUAAUUGAUAAAUGAUUUUACUUUGAAAAAUGCUGACAGGAAGUCUUAUUUACAGCCUGCUGUGCCUCCCAUGGACCAGAGCGAGCACACCAACAGGUCUGGAAACAUUAGUGCUGAGAAACAGAGAGAGAGAGAGAUGACUUGAAUCUGAUCUGCCACAUGUAAAUUGACAGAGGACUUCUUCGGGGCAGUCUGGAUGCUACAGUGAGUUGCUGUCAUAAGUGGCAAGACAGGACAGUCAGGCUGGGGCUAACUGGGAUAAUAAAGUGUGCGGCAAUUAACCUGCCUGGAUCCACAAUGAGAGGAACUUAUCUACACACUUAAACAUUACAUAACACUAUAAAGAACUCAUAGUGUAAAAGCAUCUUAGUUGAGUUUCUCCUAAAAAAUAAUGAUGCUACUGAAACGAGGCAGGCUGCUGCUGUUGCUGAAGCUAACUGUUGUACUGGGAUCAGUAUGGAUGUUUAGCCUGCUCAUUCGCCCGAAAACAGGCUGGGAUCCUACCUACAUCUUCAGGUAUGGCUGGCUGGAGUAUACAGAUGCUGAUGGUGGCCCAGAGAAAGUGUGCAACUGUUCAGCGAUCCUGCAGGGAGAGAGGGAGGCAUUGUUGCAGGCCAAAUUACUGACCAUCACUAAAGCCUUCCGCAAGAGUGUUCACAUCCCUGAUGAGUAUUACAUCAAUGCAACCCAAGACUGCAGGAUAUUCAAGUUAAGCAGGAAAUACCUGCUGUUCCCAUUGAGCCAGGAAGAAGAGGACUUCCCUCUAGCUUACUCUAUGGUUGUGCAUCAUAAGGUGCAGAACUUUGAGCGACUGUUGCGAGCCAUCUACGCGCCUCAAAAUAUAUAUUGCAUCCAUGUGGACAAAAAAGCAGCAGCCUCUGUCUUAUCUGCCAUCAAGGCCAUUACUUCCUGUUUCCCAAACGUCUUCAUGGUCAGUAAGGCUGUGAGCGUGGUGUAUUCUGCCUGGCCACGCGUCCAGGCUGACCUUAACUGUAUGGCUGAUCUCUAUAAUGCCAGCACAAAAUGGAAAUACUUCAUCAACCUCUGUGGCCAGGAUUUCCCACUGAAGACUAACUUGGAGAUCGUAAGGGCAUUACGUUCACUGAAAGGCGGGAACAGCUUAGAGUCUGAAAAGCUACCUGGAGAAAAGAGGUGGAGGGUGACAGUCGCUCACGAGAUAGUUGAUGGAAAAAUCCAGUUGACAGGAAAGGUGAAGCAGCCACCUCCCUUCAACCUGCCCAUUCUGUCAGGAAACGCCUACAUUGUAGUUAACAGAGGCUACAUCCACAGCGUGUUGAAAGACAACCGAAUACUGGCACUGAUCGAGUGGGCCAAGGACACCUACAGUCCUGAUGAAUUUCUCUGGGCAACCAUUCAGCGAAUCCCUGGUGUUCCUGGCUCAACACGGCCCAGCCCCAAAUAUGACAUUACAGACAUUAAUGCGAUUGCACGGAUGGUGAAGUGGCAGUGGCAUGAGGGGUCACAGGGUUCACUGGAGGCGGCAUACCCAGAGUGUCAAGGCAGCCAUGUCAGGGCAAUAUGUGUAUAUGGUGCUGGUGACCUACAGUGGAUGCUUGAGCAGCAUCACCUCUUUGCCAAUAAAUUUGAUACAGACACAGAUCCCAUAGCUGUUUACUGCUUAGAGAGGUAUCUGAGAGAAAAGGCACUGGCUGAGUUACAUUAGUUGUAUUAGAGAUUUCUCCUGGCACCUGAGAAGGAAAAUAUCUGUCUCAACAGAACUAAAUUUCACUGUGAUAUAAAAACAGAGGUUAAUAGAGAGUGUGGUACUUUUGAUUAUUACGCAAUGUGCAAUGUAUGCAUGGUUGCAUGGUAUAUUUUCUAGAAAACACUGUUGAGAGGAGGAACACGUCUUUAAUGAAGUAAAACAUUUUACAUAUUCUACAACAAAUGAAUAUCUUGCAAGCCACAAACAAAUGUAUAUAAAUAUAAUAAAAAGCAAAUAAACAGAGAAACAGAGGCACACCCAAACCUGCACAGUAGGCACUCUUUAUAUUGUACCUGUCUAACCAUCAGUGAAAACACAGUUUUUCCUCAUCACUCCCCAACAAUUUUCCCUCUCUUUCUUGCGCACGCACGCACACACGCACACACACACACACACACACACAAAACCCGCAUAAACCAAAACUAAAAUUACACUGGUACACAGUAUUUGGGUGAGUAAUAAGAUCAGAGUAAUCUGAACUGAAAGCAUGCAACACAUUACUGCAGCUACUGAUAACUGCUGCUUUGCUACCUUUAUGAUAUGAUGUCUCAAGUAUUUUCACAGUGAUAUACAACGUUAAUAGAAGAGCCUACUCGUAGCCUUUUUAAGAUUGCAUGAAGUGUUGGUUGAGAUGGUGACAGAAUGUAAAAACCCUGUGACAGGAGCCAACACCAUUGUAAACUACUCAAACAAACAGAUCAUUCUGUUUCAUGCCAUUACAAACUGCAGACUUGAAUAGUAUUAAGAUUUUUUCACAUGUGGAUCAUGUUUUUGUAAACCUUGACUAUCUAAAAUUAGAGUCUAAACAGAGUAUUCCAUAACAUUAUAGUCAUUAUACAUUACUGACAGAGCUACAGCACAGUAACAUCCCAACUGUCCAGGGAACACAAGUGUGUAUUUGUGAGCAGAUGGGCAGUAAUACAACUUCUGUUUGCAUGUAUUUGGGAAUGGCCUUGCUAUGGCUUCAGAGAAUCCACACUUAAUAUUACCAUGUGUCACAAAAGGCACAGCUAGCAACUGACAGGGUAGAUUAAUACAUGAAUGUAACAAAGCCAGUUAGUAAUUCCUCCAAAGUGAAAGAAAGAAAUAAUAGAAGAACACAUUGUUCAAAUUAAAGAUGAGGUUGAAGAAAAUAAAAGCUACUAAGAGGGGAACACAAUCAAAUGCUGUGUAUCGUACAGUAGUACAGGAUAAAGCAUCUUCCCUUCAGCACAGUGACAGUCUCUGCACUGUGAAUACAGUAUUAUGUUCAGCACCCUCAGAUUAGUAUUUCCCUCGCUGAACAAGCAACUGCCUGAUGUUUUGUACCACAGCAUCUUCCUUUCUAACCCAUCGCUAGUGCUGUACACAUCAUGCUGCAGGCUUGCUUAUAUUCAGAUGUGCUGUGGUAGAAUACAGCAUAUUGCAGGGAGAAGAUAGGCAGGAGCCAGGUGUCU